AUGGAGAAAGAGAUGGCAGCAUUGGUACGAAAUUGUAUAGCGGCAACUCAGCACCUGACGGCACAGCGGGGAUGCCAACACACCCUCGUGGAGCUGCAUAGUCGAGGCAUACGAAACACAGAGAACGUGUUUGUACUGAACAUGUAUUGUAGGCCGACCAAGAAAGGAAUAGACAUGGCGGGAACAAUACAGGACGCAGUGAGCAAGGCAGGCUCCCGGCCGCUGCUCGUACUGGGGGAUUUCAACGCCCCUCACACGACAUGGGGAUACCGCUUCUGUUCGAAAAGAGGGAGAGAACUAGCACAUUUGAUAGAACAGCACAACUUGACCCUACUCAACGAGCCCGACACCCCCACCCGCAUGGGCACGAGCACGACCAGAGACACUACGCCGGACCUCUCGCUCCUGAUGGGGACUCUGGAUGUCUCAUGGCAAAACGUGGGAACGAAUCUGGGGUCGGACCACGACAUAAUCAGAAUCACAAUCAGAGGUCCCACCCUUAAGGUGAAGACGGGCACGGCGAGGAUUACCAAUUGGUAUAAGCUCAGAAAGGAGCAAGAAGAGGAAUCGGAUGAGGAAGAAUGGACAAUAAGACAGACGUACGAGACCUGGGAGAAACAACAGCUCGACACCGUAGAAAAACACACGCAAAAGAUCGCGACCACUCACCAAACCCCCCGUAUAGACGCCAGACUGGCACACCUGUGGGAAACGAGAAGUAGCCUAACCGAACGCUGGAAAAGGCAGAGACACAACAAGAAGUUACGCAAGAGGAUACGGGAAAUAAACGACAAGGCGGCAGAGUAUGCGGCAGAUUUAUGUAAAGAAAGCUGGCUCGAUCUGUGCGACAGCCUACAAGGAACCCUAUCCACCCGCAAAACGUGGCAGCUCCUCAGGCACCUCAUCGACCCGAUGACAAGCAAGAGCGAGACAAACAGGAGUACGGCUCGGACCCUGAACAAUUACGAGGGGGACGUGGAGAAACUAAUGGAAGACAUGAAAAACAAAUACAUCAAGACGGAGAAGAGCAAGGAUCGGCCGGGACCGUACCGAGGCCUCCCCAACGAGAAAUUGGACAAGCCCUUUACGGGCCCGGAACUAAGAAUUGCCAUAGCAGAGAGCAACCAGAAGAGCGCUGCGGGGCCGGACACCGUCACGUACCGACUACUAAACAACUUGAGCGACAGAGCGAGAGCAGAGCUCCUCAGGCACAUGAAUGAGACCUGGGAAAGCGGCAAACUGCCAAGAAGCUGGAAGGAGGCAGAGGUUAGGUUCAUUCCAAAACAGGGAAAACCGCCGCACAUCGACAAUUUGAGACCCAUCUCCCACACGUCCUGCGUGGGCAAGCACCUGAGCACGCAGGACGUGCUCAUACAGAUCAAAGAAGAGGUCAUGAAGGAGGCCACGAGGCAUUCGCCACGCGCCAUACAUGCGCGUGGCGAAUAUGCGCUUGACCUCAAGGGAGCGUUUGACAACGUCUCCCACGUUAGCAUCCUGACCAACCUCCAGAGCACUGGCUGUGGAGAACGGACGUAUAACUACGGACGAUGUUUGCUAACAGAUCGGAAAGCAAGAAUCAGAGUGGGGGAGGAAGUAUCCCCGCUUAUCGAGUUGGGCAGUAGGGGGACCCCUCAAGGCACGGUCCUUUCGCCCCUGUUGUUCAACAUGGCACUCCUGCACCUGCCCAAGGCGCUCGAAGCGAUUGAAGGCUUGGGGCACGCGCUCUACGCUGACGACGUCUCGCUCUGGACGACGAAGGCUGGAUCCCACGGAUGGAUGCAAGACACGCUACAUGCAGACGGCGGCGGAAGUGGUGGACAAAUAUGCCAAGGAAUGCGGCCUAAGAUGCUCGCCACAAAAGUCGGAACUGGUGGUAGUACGACAACGGGCGCCGAAAAGACUCAAGGAAGAUAUUAG